AUGGCCGCAACAGCCUCAUACCUUUCUUUGCUUUCUAGUUACGCGUAUGGGGAAUUACUUGAGAAAGUUACCAUUCAAAAGAGGACGCCGACACACCCUUACUUAUAUUUAGACGUCCCCGGGGUGAUCGAUGACUUUUAUAUGAAUGUCAUCCAUUGGAGUGAUAACUCAUUAUUAUCUGUUGCGCUCACAGACAUGUUAUAUGUCUGGAAUUCCGAAUCAGGCGAAGCAAGUCAGGUCUACAAAUGCUCAAAUGACUCCGAGUUAAUAACGUACGUCUCUUCAGUUCAUUUCAUUGACACCACCAAACUCUCUUUUGGAGACGCUUUUGGGGUCCUCAGAGUUAUCGACUUGCAAACUAAUAAAAUAAUCUUAGAGAAACAAGCCCACAAUGACAGGAUAAAUACACUCACACAUUCCGACAAUCUUUUCGUGACGGGGAGUAGAGACUCGACUCUCAUCUUCCACGACUUCAGACAAAGCAAUUCCGCGUUCAAACUCGCCUGCCACAAAAAUGAAGUGUGUGGUGUUGACAUCAAUGAAAGUGGCUAUUUGUUAGCCUCCGGUGCAAACGACAAUUUCGUCUUCAUCACUGACGUUCGCGUCUGUCAACCUUAUUUCUCCUUCACUCACGACGCCGCAGUGAAGGCCCUCAAAUUCAACGGACGGCUUUUAGCGACGGGGGGUGGUGCCACUGAUCAUUCAAUUAAAAUCACCGACACCCUUGACCGCAAAAUCACAAAGGAGAUCAAGACAAACUCUCAAAUCACUGGCGUCCAGUGGAUGAAUGACAAACUGAUUGUGACUCAAGGAAACCCAAGUAAUAAUGUCAUUCUCUUUGAGAAGGAAGGGUGGAAUAUGGUCGAAGAGUGUGAUGGGCAUGAAAAGAGGAUCUUAGGGGUCGACUUAAACAAACAAGGGGUGACCGCAACUAUUGGUGCGGAUGAGUCGAUUCGACUGUGGAAGUUUGCUGGAGAUGUUCAGCUUUCUAUGUAA